AAAAAGGAGAAAAAGAAGGCAAAGAAAAAGGUAAGGAUGUGGAUGAAAGACCUGCUUACAUGGAUGACUUUGAUGAUGAUUUUGGUCAGUACAUGAAGGGUGAGCAUGAUGUAGAUCUUUUCCCUGAAGAAGAAGUUUUUACUCCAGUAGAUCCUAGCAAAAUGGAGGUAAAAACUAGAUUUGCAAAUAAGGAAGCAUUUAAGAAACAUCUCAGGGGUUAUUGUGUUCUUAAUAAGUGUCAAUAUAUUUUGGAUAGAAGUGCUCCCUCUAGAAUUAAGGCUGAGUGUAGGUUUAAAACAGAACAUGAUUGUCCUUGGUUUGUGUAUGCUAGCAAGAAAGAGGGUGAGAAGACUUUUGUUCUUAGGAAAGUGAAUUUGGAACAUAAGUGUGAAGGGGAUCCCCAAAAUAGGAAUAGAUCUGCUGAUCCUCAUUUUGUAAAGGAUUUUGUUCUUGAUCAGAUGAAGAAUAAGCCUAAAAAAGUUGUUCCAGACCCUUAUAAAAUCAAGGAAGACUUCUUAGCUGAAAAGAGAGUAAAUAUACCAUAUCAGUGUGCAUGGAAGGCUAGGAAUCUAGUUUUAGAGUCAUUAUAUGGGAACUAUAAAGAAAGUUACAAUGAAGUACCAGCAUUCUGCAAGAUGUUUACAAAAUGCAAUGAUGGGUCUGUUGCUAAGUUCACUUUUGACACAGUGAAUAACACCUUUGAAAGCAUGACACUCUCAUUUGAACCUGCAAUGAGGGGUUGGCGAAAAGCAUGCAGGGGAGUUAUAGGGCUUGAUGCCUGCCAUCUAACAGGGGAAUAUGGGGGAGUAUUGAUGGCUGCAACUGCACUUGAUGGACAACAAAAGAACAUGUGCUGGUGGUGAAGUGGGAUCUAAUCCAACUGCAAAGAGGCAAAGGACUGAAUGUGAUGCACAAAGCUUCACCUUCAGCAACAUAGAGCCAAGUCAGACCACCGGAGUUAGGGGUGCAGCUAAGUCAAACAAGAAGAAGAGAACGGCAUCAUUUGUUGGUGAAUGUUUUACAGGGCCUGGCAGUCAGCCUUUGGCAACACCAUCUUCUACUCCAGCUUCCACAACACCUAUGAGUCUGCCAUCUAUAGCACCAUCUUCUACUCCACCCUCUACAAUAAAUAACCUUUAUCAGAACUUCUUUGGCAUUGGAUCUGUAUCUCAGAAUAUAAAACAAGGA